GAUCAAACAGACAGUGUGUGUUUAGUGGCUUCACCUGCAGCGUGCAGCUCAGUCAGCAUGGUUUCUGUCAGUGGUCUCCAAAACCUGCUGCCAGCUGCGCUGACAUUGGGGAUGACAUUUAAGUAUUGCUCGUCUCAGCCUGGAGAGACCUCCUCUACCAUGAACUACUCAGAAUAUAACUACAGUGUGGAUUACGCUGAUUUUGACGGGAUGUGUGUAAAAGCCUCCAACCACCGCUUCCGCCUCUGGUUUAUAUCGACCUUCUACUCCAUCAUCUGCAUCCUGGGGCUGGCAGGGAACCUUCUGGUCAUCCUCACCUUCUUCUACUUCAGGCGUCUCAAGACCAUGACUGACGUGUACCUGCUCAACCUGUCCUUUGCAGAUCUGCUCUUUGCUCUCACGCUCCCCUUCUGGGCAGCAAACUCCAUGGCAGAGUGGGUGCUGGGCCUGGUGGUGUGCAAAUCCAUGCACACCAUUUACAAGGUGAGCUUCUACAGCAGCAUGCUCCUCCUCUGCUUCAUCAGUGUGGACCGUUACUUUGCCAUCUCUAAAGCGGUCUCCGCUCACCGCCACCGCUCCCAGGCGGUGUUUCUCAGCAAGGUCUCGUCAGCGGUCAUCUGGGCGAUGGCACUGAUCUUCUCCAUUCCAGAUAUGAUGUACACCACGGUCAAUAACAUCACCUGCACCCCGUACUCCAGCACUUAUGUCCAGCUCCGUGUCCACAUCCAGGCAAGCCAGAUUGUUCUGGGCUUUGCUCUUCCUCUCCUCGUCAUGAGCGUCUGUUACAGCAGCAUCAUCCACACCCUCUGCCAGUCUCACACCUUUGAAAGGCAUAAGGCCAUAAAGGUGAUUCUCGCUGUGGUCGUCGUCUUUCUGACGUGUCAGGUCCCGUACAACCUGGUCCUCUUCUGGUCCACAGUGGUCACAGCAAAAGGAGGAACCGAGGACUGCAACUAUGACAACCUUAUCCUCUAUGCCACCGAUAUCACCCAGUGCGUAGCCUUCCUGCGAUGCUGCCUCAACCCCUUCGUCUACGCCUUCAUUGGAGUCAAAUUUCGUCACGACCUCCUGAAGCUGCUGAAGGAGUUUGGAUGUGUGAGCCGGGAAAGUUUCUUCUGGUAUACCAGUGGCAGGAGGAGGAGCUCGGCGGCCAACGACACGGAAACAACCACCACGUUCUCCCCCUAAAGCUGUUUCUGGGUGUUUAACAGUCUAAUCAAACAUAGAAAAGUCGGAAAUCAACAGUAACAUGUCUGUUCCAUGUACAUAGCAGAAGUCAUCUCAUACAUAUGGACCUUUAGUGCUUUUUGUUGUCUCAGUUUUGGCGUUUUGCUGAUCUUUAGCAGUGUGUAUACAAAUGUUGCUCUAUCUACAGUGGUUUUGAACAUUAAAGUCUAAAAAACAUGGUUAUAAUAAUUGUUUUCUCAAUGAUAAAACUGUAUUUUUUUCUUGCAACACGAUUCCAACAUUGUAAAUAAAUGAGAUUCAUUAAAUUCAAAGGUUGUAAACAUGAAUAAGUCACACGUCCUAUUCUAAAUGGCUGAACACGAAGAAGUGCUAUAUUGACCAUAGAUUGUGUGUUGGAGCGAGUAUGACAUGUAUGAUAUGUAAGCAGGUUUGACUCAGAACAAUGAUGAAGUGUGUGGGGAACAGAUGUCACCGUGUUAGGACAUGUUAGGAAUUCUUCUCACUAAUGUCACCAGUGGGAUUUUAAAUCUUAAAUGAAACAGUCAGAAAUGGUUUAUAAUUAUAUGAUAAUAAUCAUUAUUACUGAGUUUUAGUUGGUGAAACUGCAGCAGAACAUAAAAUUCACAGAUUUAAGUCAGAUUUAAACAAGUGUGCACAUUUCAGACAGAAUCCAUCCAUCAUCUGUCCACCCACUGUCAAACAGCAAAAAAAUCCAAAUCACCAACCACACAAGCUUUUUCUAGUGUGC